ACAAAACACCCACCUACUACGUAGUAACCAAUUUUCGGGAUCUCAACCUCACUGCCACUAUCUGGUCUCUACAGGAUGACUCUGACCGCGGAACAAACCUUCAAUCUGGUUGGUAAACAGUAUGAAGAUGUUUACUGCAACAACCCUGGGCUCGAGGAGUUUAUCAACACUUCCCUGGCUAUGUUGCAGCCGGGCAGUACGGUCUUGGAUGUCGGCUGUGGCACGGGAAAACCAGUGGCGGAUCAGCUGGCUCAGGCUGGACACGAGGUGUACGGCAUUGAUGUCUCCCAGAAGAUGAUCGACGUUGCCCAGAAUCAAGUAAAAGGGCGGUUUAUGAAAGCGGAUAUGACAACCUUCGAGCCGGAAACCAAGUUUGAUGCCAUCUAUACCGUCUACUCUCUGUUCCAGCUCACCAACAACGAGAUCCGUAAGAUGAUGUUUCAAUUCUCCGAGUGGCUGCAAGCAGGCGGUCUUCUUGUUUUUGGGAUAGUCCCGAGUACUAGCCUCGUCAAAGACCCCAGGGAUUACGAUGCAAGCGGCAAGGUGGCGCGCCACUACGAGACGGAAUUCAUGCAGCAGGGAGUUAUCUACACACUCUACACGAAAGAAAAAUGGUUGGAGUUGAUCCGAAGUGCGGGUUUUGAGAUUCGAUUGGAGAAAUCCUGCACACUCCAAGUUGACUCUCCGAACGAGAAGUACGACCAAUACCUGGUCAUUGCCGAGAAGCGAGUUACGCAUGCCCUCACUGGCCCCUUCCCCCUACCAGACUCGUAUAGGGGUCCUCAUCCUCUUUGUGAGGCAGCCUGGGCCCCCUUUGCCCAGCGCCUUGUGCGCGAUGAGUUUGAAGCAGUGAUGGAGAUUUUGCAGGACAACCACAGGGUACUUGACAUAGGGAAACUGCCAAUGGAAAUCGCCCAGCGGGGCGCGAAAGCGUUCUCCAUCGAGCCGAAUCCCGAUCGAAACGCCAUGCAACUCCAGCGCAGCGCAAAUGGGACCAUCGAGAUCCGCAACGGCUCAGCUGAGAACCUGCCCUUUGUCUCCGGGUUCGUGGAUGCCGCUGUCGCGAUGUGGGUACUCCAUUACGUGGACGACCUGGAAAAGUCCCUGCACGAGAUGGCGCGAGUUGUGGACCGUUCUAAUCCCAAUGCGCGCAUUGUGGUCGUCCAAGGAGCCCCAGACAAUGAGCUGGUGAGUCUGCUCAAUAGUAUCUGUGCGCCCUUGAGCGCAGAGAAUACCCGAAUCGAUCAUCAGGGUUAUCUCCUGCAGCGUGCGGCCGAGGUAUUUACUUCGCGUGGCUUUGCGGAUAUCACUAUCUCGCGCGUGGACGCUUUCUGUGCCUUUCCAGAAGAGGAUGUUGAGGAACGCUGUCGAAGAGCGGCGGAGGUGCUUGUCGGGUUCUGGUUCUUGGAAGACGCUAACUAUGAGCUUAUGAAGGAGGCGUUGCUACCUCAUUUACGGCUGCACUUUCGUGAUCGCCCGCAUGCUAUUGGUGACGAAGCUGCUAUUCUCGUAGCGAGACCACUCCAGAAUUAG